GUUCUGUCAUCAACUAGGUAUAUAAUAUUCUCACAUGGAUGAACUUUGAAUAUACACGAUCUGGCCACUGCCGAAGCCUGGAAUUAGAACAAAAAGACUUUAAACCGUAAUACAAUCUACUUCAAAAUUCAGUCACCAACUCAAUACAUCAUUCAUCAUAGAAAAGCGAAUGGUAUUUCCUCAGUCAAAUCCUGAUUCUUGCACAAUUCGAAAGGGAGCUUUAAAAUAUAUUCGAUUUCGCGUUACCCUUUUCAGCCGUCGAAAAUGGAAGAGAAUCUUGCAUUUUAGUUUCAUGGCAUACAAAAGUAACACCACUUGCUGCUUUAUUACCCACUCAUAUUACAGGUAAAAGUUACUUCAGUCAAAUGAGGUGAGAUUCAUGAAAUGAUAUAUUAUUAUUUAACCAUUUGUCAAAUUAUUAUUUAAUAAGUUUUUUUCUUUUUAAAAAAUACAUUUUUUAUUUCAUCCUUAAAUUUAAAAAAGUUACAUUUUUUUCCUUGAGUUUUGAGUUUACUUUUCAUUUGAUCUAUUUUAAUAUAACUAACUGAAAAUUAACAUAAAAGACUAAAAGUGAUAUUAGUGAGAAUUCCACGGUAAAAAUGUAACAUCUUAAAACUUAUGAACCGAAUUCAAACAAAACUCAAAGUUGAGAGAUAAGUAGGUAACCAUUUAAAAUCUAGAAUCAAAUGAAAACUAUAUUUAAAAUUUAAAAAUUAAAAAUAAAUUUUUUCCUAAAAUUAAUAUGUGGAUCUGCAUGUAAGAGAGAGAAUGGGUGGUAUUUACAUGUUAGAGAGAGAAGAGUGAGGGAGGGAAUCAGAAGUGGUGGAGACUCUCAUGAUAGAGAGAGGCAAGAGAAAAGAGAGAACAGGUAGACAAUAGAAGAGAGGUAGAUCUCAAUUUGCAUGCUAAAAAGAGAGAGAAUGAAAAGAUAAAUAUUCAGGGUUGGGUCCUACCUAUCUUUGCCCAACCCAUUAGUUGUCCCAUUAAAAAUUAACAUGUGGUAAGAAAUUUUAGUUUUAUUAAAAAAAAAAAACUAAAAUUGUUGUUUUUUCGCUAGGUAAUAAGAGAGCAUUUAUAUGGAAUAGGUGCAACCUAGGUUGCAAUCCAUACCUCAUACUAUAUCGGGAUCAAUUUGAUUAGUUUCGAUGGGUAAAGUUAGUUUUCUGAUUUUUCUUAAGGACAGAUCGGCUUAAAAGCAAAUCAAAUAUGUCAAAAGUUUAAAUAACUUACAGGAAAAAGAUACAACGUAAUUUAUGUCUCAAAUAUUGCACCAAAUUCCAAUGCCCCACGAAUCUCAAAAUAUUGACAAAGAAGAAAACAAUGCAUCAAGUCUCUUUUAUGCAUGCUAAUAUUCGCUCUAUUAUAUUAAAUGAAAUUUGAUUUUAUUUUUUUUUAAUUCAACAACAAAAUUUAAAUAAAAAUUUUUAAGGCUUAAAUAAUUUUCGGGAAAAGAUAUGUAAGUGUAAUUCAAGUGUCAAAUAAUGCCCCAAAUUCCAAUGUCCCCACGAACUGUAAUAUAUUUAAAAUAAAAAAGAAAUAAUGCAUCAAGUAGCUCUGAAUGCAUGCUUGGGUAGCUCUAUAAAUACAGGAUCAUCUUAGUGUAGGGAUACUUGCAUUUUAAGUUGGACUUCCAAGAGUUUCAACCUUCAUCUAAACUCAUUUCUUUCUUCAGAACUCUGUUUCUAACUCUCUACUCUCUAUGGCUCCAGUACCUAUUUCUCCAAUUAACGUAGGACACAUUGAUGAUGUGCAAGAACUCAGAAAGUUUAAGCCGAACACCAUUCCCGAGAGAUUUAUCAGGGACAUACAAGAGAGGCCAACACCAGCAACACCUUUAAUCUCAUCCUCUGACAUUCCUACUAUAGAUUUAUCCAAGCUUCUAAAAGGAAACAGAGAUGAAAUUCUGCAACUAACCACUGCCUGCGAGGAAUGGGGAUUUUUUCAGGUAAUCAAUCACGGAAUUUCUCUGAACCUACUAGAAAAUAUAGAGGGGCAGGCACUGGAAUUCUUCAGGCUACCUUUGGAAGAGAAACAGAAGUACGCAAUGGCACCGGGCACAGUUCAAGGAUACGGACAAGCAUUUGUGUUCUCUGAGCACCAAAAACUAGAUUGGUGUAACAUGUUAGCUCUAGGGGUUAUACCCGACUCUAUAAGGAACCCUCUAUUAUGGCCAAAGAAGCCAACUAACUUCAGCAAUACUGUGGAGAUUUACUCAAAAGAAGUAAGAAAGCUUUGCAAGAAUCUAUUGAAGUACAUAGCUUUAGGCCUUGGUCUAAAAGAGAACCUAUUUGAAGAGGCGUUUGGAGUGGCCGUACAGGCAAUAAGGAUGAAUUACUAUCCACCGUGUUCGAGACCUGAUCUUGUUUUGGGGCUGAGUCCACACUCCGAUGGAAGUGCUUUAACUGUUUUGCAGCAAGGAAAGGGCAGCUCAGUAGGCCUCCAGAUCCUUAGAGACGACAAGUGGGUUCCCGUUCAACCCAUCCCAAAUGCACUUGUGAUCAACAUUGGCGAUACAAUGGAGGUUGUUACAAAUGGCAGGUACAAAAGCGUGGAGCACAGAGCUGUGACUCACAAGCAGACUGACCGACUUUCCAUAGUCACAUUUUAUGCUCCUAGCUAUGACAUAGAGCUUGGUCCAAUGCCAGAAUUCGUGGACAAAAACAAUCCAUGCAUGUAUAGAAGAUACAAUCAUGGAGAAUACAGUAAGCACUAUGUAACAAACAAGUUACAGGGAAAGAGAACCCUGGAGUUUGCCAAGAUUCCAACCAAAAACUCCUGCUAAAGCACCACUAACUUUCCCACCUAAGGAUACCAACGCCAGAAAAUGUAUAGAAUUUAGCACAGCGGUACUGUGACGUUGGCAACAUGGAAAAAAAAAAUGUCAGUCAACAUGCAGAAUGUACAUCAUGUCUUUAAUUAUUUAUCAAUUUAAAUGGAUUGAACUCUCUUAUCUAGUUAAGCUUCGUAAAUUCUGACAAAUUGGUUUUUGGGGGCCUCUGGGAUUUGACGCUUCUCUUGUCAAGUCAUGUUUGUCUUUGGGGAUUUCAACCAAAUAAUAGCUGUACUUAGAAGAAAACAAGAGUGACGCGACGAAGAUGUCUCUUUUCAACUAGAUUCUUACAUACGAGCAACCAUCUAACAAUAAUAUCCAUAGUAGAUUGUUUAAUACCACAAAAGGAGUUAAUCGACGAGGUCUCUAUGACCUAUUAUUUUGGCAAGAGAACAUCUGGGUGGUGGUCAAAAAAGAGCUCAUAGAAUAUGAAUAUGUUCAAAUCAAGUGCUUCAAUAGAAGCACAAACCAUAUUACUAGUUUCUUUUUGUUCUUAAUGUUAUAUUUAGUUCUGAGUGCUAACAACAAGUAGUCCACAAAGCAAAGCAUGAUGAGACCGAAUACAAUAAUGGCUUGAACAAACAAAUCAAAAGAUCCCGUGUAAUAAUGGCUUCAUACGGACCCACCACGAAGCUUGGCAGAUUAGUAAAACGGUGUUUCAUCCACCACGAGUUAAAUCAGAUAUGGCAGAGAGUGCCGAUGCAAGUAGUAUCUCCAUUAGUUAGAAAAGGUUCAAUGGACAGAGUGGUUGUAGAUAAAGUCCGCAUGCAAAGACCAAUAUAUCUGGUGCAAUGUCUUGGAAGAAAUGGAAGAAUAUAACCAAUUAGGAAUUUGUAAGUUAAAUAUUCUAGUUACGUCCUGAGGAUUUUGUUUGACAAGGAUCCAAAAUCAACAAUUUUAGUCCAUGAUUCUUGAACUAAUUCGAGGAAAAAAAAAAAAAAAAA